AUGAAAUAAAUAAAAGAUCCAAAGAGAUUGACAGACAACUUAAUGUAGCUUUCUUUGCUGAUAGCAAUUGCUGAGGUUGCACAGAAAAGAAAUGAAGAAACUUUUUUAUAUAUAUUAGAAAUUUUAAUAUUGAUAAUUGGCUGA